AUGAAAACAUCUCAACAACAACAUCGCUGCGGUUCGACACUAGUGCAGACCAUCGAUGCUCCAUUGUCUCUGGUGUGGUCAAUACUACGACGUUUCGACCACCCGCAAGCCUAUAAACAAUUCGUGAAGACGUGUGAUCUAAGCUCCGGCGAUGGAGGAGAAGGCUCCGUCCGUGACGUGACGGUGGUUUCCGGUCUUCCGGCGGGUUACAGCAUAGAGAGGUUAGAUGAGCUCGACGAUGAGUCUCACGUGAUGGCGAUCAGCAUUAUUGGCGGUGACCAUCGUCUCGUUAAUUACCAGUCUAAAACGACGGCGUUUGUGGCGGCCGAGGAGGAGAAAACGGUGGUGGUGGAAAGUUAUGUGGUGGAUGUGCCGAAAGGAAAUAGUGUGGAGGAAACAACGUCGUUUGCUGAUACCAUCGUUGGGUUUAAUCUUAAGUCAUUGGCCAAGCUGUCGGAGAAUAUGGUGUCCAAUCGAAAAUUCUAA